AACUACAGACUGUGGAUCCCGCCUGCGCCCCAUUUCAGCUGCUCCCGAACCUCACCCUCAAAUCGUGUGGAUUUAGUAGCGGGGCCCACAGGCUCCUACACAAGACUCGCUCCCCCUUCUCCCUCCUCCUUUCUUUAAACAACCUCCGUCCGUCUCCCUUCCCCCAGCGCCUGGGAUUUCAGCACAUGCCCCGGACUCUUCCUGCUGCUGCUACUGGACUCCUGGUGUGACGUGUUCCCUGAAUGGCUUCUUUGCUGUUGAACCCCCAUGCUGAGCCGCACAGGACAAUGCACUGCUUUCCGUCUCGCAAGUAGCCAAUCAGCAUUGAGAUGUGCUAAGCCCAUUGGCAUACGCCCCACUUCCUGCAUGUCUAACUGGGCAUCGGAUUUUCUUAUGAGCGGGGACCAGACAGCCAAUCAAAAUAGAGUCGCUAAAGAUUAAAGUUGACUUUCUGAAGGUGCCUUUUGGCCUGAAGAAGCCUGUGCUGAAAGAGGCAGUUGCAGUUUUGGCUUCGACCCAGGGGUCGGGGGGACCCAAACCCGCCAACUUGGAUCGCCACAAAAGCCGGUACUCCGAAAACAUGGACAAUGAUUCCCAGUACUCGGGCUACUCCUAUAAGUCUGGCCAGUCCAGGAGUUCCCGAAAACACAGAGAUCGGAGGGAGCGGCAUCGAUCUAAAAGCCGAGAAGGAAGUCGCGGUGAUAAAUCGGUCACAAUCCAAGCGCCAGGGGAACCCUUAUUGGAUAAUGAGUCAACGAGAGGAGAAGACAGGGAUGAUAACUGGGGGGAAACCACAACAGUUGUCACAGGAACCUCAGAGCACAGUAUAUCCCAUGAUGAUAUCACACGCAUCACUAAAGACAUGGAGGACAGCGCCAAGCUGGACUGCUCUAGACACCUUGGGGUUGUUAUUGCUGGGGCUUUGGCCCUCCUCUCGUUCUUGACCCCAAUUGCCUUCAUGCUGCUGCCCCAGAUCCUAUGGAGGGAGGACUUGGAGCAAUGUGGCACAGCCUGCGAGGGUCUCUUCAUCUCUGUGGCCUUCAAGCUCCUCAUCCUUCUACUGGGCAGCUGGGCACUGUUCUUCCGUCGCCCAAAAGCCUUCUUCCCAAGGGUGUUUGUUUUUCGAGCCCUUCUCAUGGUGCUUGUCUUCCUCCUGGUGGUUUCCUACUGGCUCUUUUAUGGAGUACGAAUACUGGAGUCCCGGGACAAGAACUACCAGGGAAUUGUACAGUACGCGGUGUCUCUGGUGGAUGCUCUGCUUUUUGUCCACUAUUUGGCUGUGGUCCUUCUGGAGUUGAGGCAGCUCCAGCCUCAGUUUACCAUCAAGGUUGUACGGUCAACAGAUGGAGCAAGUCGAUUCUACAACAUUGGUCAUCUAAGUAUCCAGCGAGUUGCCGUAUGGAUUUUGGAAAACUAUUAUCACGACUUCCCUGUCUACAACCCUGCUCUCCUGAACCUGCCAAAAUCCAUCCUGUCCAAGAAAAUGUCUGGCUUCAAGGUCUACUCCCUCGGAGAGGAAAACAACACCAAUAACUCAACGGGGCAGUCUCGAGCUGUAAUAGCCGCCGCCGCAAGGAGACGAGACAACAGCCACAACGAGUAUUACUAUGAGGAGGCUGAGCACGAGCGGCGGGUUCGAAAAAGGAAAGCCAGGCUGGUGGUAGCGGUGGAGGAGGCUUUCACACACAUCAAGCGGCUGCAAGAUGAAGACCCAAAAAACCCCAGAGAGAUCAUGGACCCUAGAGAGGCAGCUCAGGCCAUCUUUGCCUCUAUGGCGAGAGCCAUGCAGAAAUACCUACGGACCACCAAACAGCAGCCGUACCACACCAUGGAGAGCAUCCUUCAACACCUUGAGUUUUGCAUCACCCACGACAUGACUCCAAAGGCUUUUCUGGAGCGUUACCUAGGCCCUGGCCCAACUAUCCAGUACCACAAAGACCGCUGGCUGGCAAAGCAGUGGACAUUAGUCAGCGAGGAACCGGUCACCAAUGGUCUGAAGGAUGGCGUUGUGUUCGAAUUGAAGCGCCAAGACUUUAGCCUCGUGGUCAGCACCAAAAAGAUCCCCUUCUUUAAGCUGUCCGAGGAGUUUGUGGACCCAAAGUCUCAUAAGUUUGUCAUGAGACUUCAAUCAGAGACCUCGGUUUGAAAGACAUGACCCACUGGGCAGGUGGAAAGAGAUCUAAAGGAAAAGGGUGGUGGAACGUGUUGUUCUAAAAGCUCCUUUUGCACAUCUUUCCUUCCAGUGGGGACUUUUAGGUCUCUACUUAUGACUUGGUUUUUAGAGACAACAAUAUGCCACCUUGGCGAUGCACCAACCCAGGAUUAUUGCAUCUUCCAUCUACGAUGCUCCGUUACUCUCUUUAAAACAGGGAUUGUACAAGAAAAAUGGGAACUGUAGCUCAUUCUUCCAAUACCGGUGUGCCCAAUGGUUGACUAGUAUCAGGAGCCGAUAAACACUGUACAAAACUUGAUCAAUCCAUGGUCCCUUCUCUUCCUACCAUCUCUGCAAUAAUUGCCUUCACAGAUAAAGGCCAUUAAGGCUACAACCAUCUCUUGCCAACAUUCAAGGGCUAUCUGUUCUACAUGUACAUGUCUGUACCACCCUACCAUCCUGGUGCUGGCCCUGGAGGGUCCUCUUCUCACCUAUGAUAAGUCCUGUGCUGCGUGGCAAGUUGACUUGAGGACAUUCAAAGCAACUAGAAGGAUGGAGGUCAAGAUGGCAGAUUUUCCAGGAAAAGACUUGGUAUCCACCCACUUCAAGAAGCUUACGUUUGGAUUGGGCAGGUUGGGUUAUGGGACCUUUGUUGACAGUAGGGUUUUUUUUUUAAAUUUUCCAGCCAUUCUGCUCAAUAACCACUAACCUUGUGGCACUAUUAUUUUAUUACCCUCUUUGUAAAAAAAAUUUCUACUUUUGUUGAGACACUUCGAGAUAAGGGGGGGAAAAGGUCCCUUUUUGUAACUGACAUAUUUGUUCUUCUGGACUGGAUUCCUGACUCCGCCGGCAGAGGGGACGUCGCCUUGUCCUUGCUGCCCACUGUGAAUGGGUGAGAGGGGGGUGAAGGUCUGGGUUGCAUUGCCUAUGCAGUUCAAUCAUCUAUGCCAACCAGAAAAAAAACAAAACAAAAAUGUCUGUUGAACGGCUGUUGCAUUCCAGCUCAUGAUUCUUCUGGAUUGUUCUUCACUACUCAAUGCACUAACAAAUCAUCUUUUGUUUACAUUACAAGUGGCCAGAUUUCGAUAUGGUAUUAUUAUUGGGUAGUACCAUUUUUUUUAUUUUUUUUUUAAAUUCAAUGAAUGAGUUUCUAGUACCACACUUUUUAUUUAAGAUGAACGAUAGGCUCAAAAGGAUAAUUACUAUUUUUUAAAAAUGUUCCUCACGCUGAACUUUUUUUUUUUUUUUUAUAUUAAAGGCGUUUUUUUCCCCAAUGGCAUUAAUUCUCUGAAAAUGUCCAAAUUGCAGGAAAAAUAACAAAAAACAUUUUUAUCCCCGUCUGUUUUACUGUUCUGGUUAAAAUUGCUAGUGUACUUGCGAUGGUUUCUGUCCUUGACCAGACAACAGAAGACUUGUAAUAUUUGUAGCCUCUCACCACUGAAGGACGUCCAUAAUAAAGUUGUUUUUACACUACCUAA